AAUCCAUCCAUCCCGACGGGAGACGGCUCCCCCAGCCCCAAUCCAUCCAUUGAACGCGUGGAGCAGUGCGCUCGUUCGGCCGCCGCCACGAGCCAACUGGGAGCACGCGCCGCCGCCGUUACUGGAGCGCCGGGCUCGCCGCGAGUGGGGAGGGGACGGGGUGACCACCGCGCGAGGCGCCCGACGCUCGCCUCACCCGCGUCCGGCCGUCGCCGGGAGCCAGCUGGGAGGCUCGUCGCCGCCGUGACUGGAAAGGCGCCAGACCGCCGGGCUCACCGUGAGUGGGGAGGGGACUAGGCGAUCUCCGCGCUAGGCCGGGGCCAGGCCCUGCCGUGCCGCCACGGCCGGAGGAGCGUGGAGGCGGCCCGCGGCCAGCUGCCGGUCCAGACGUCGCGCUGGUGGGCCCAGCUCGGCGCGUGGAGGAGACGAGCCUAAUGGCUUCAUGAAGUACCUGAGACAAGCCCUGGUGCAGUGGUGCGCCCAGCUCAGCGCGUGAAUGUGUGUUGAUUGGGUUUUUUUUUCUCCUUUUUCAAGUUACUGUGUUGUCCUGUGUGCUAUCCUCUGCUCUUCUCAGUUGAGGACCUAAAAAUCCUGAAUAGUUCAGAGUUUCAGCAUUGAUCACCUCCAUACAAAAGAAUUUCACAUUUAUGAUAGCUGUGCCAUUCCAGAGCCUGACUGAUGCAAAUGUUAGAAUUAGCCGGCAAAAACUUGGCAAGUAACAAUAGAAGUUGUCAUCUGUAGGAUUAGCAAGACAGCAGCCAAUGACUGGUAGCAGCGCAGCCUCCUCCAGGAUGUCCCCUCCUCCACGCGCCGGGCUCAGGCUGGGCGGCCGGCCGUCUACACCACCGCGCCGUCAGGCCCAGCGGCCGUCCGCCUCCACGCGCUCGGCAGGGCAGUGCCUCGGCGGCCUCCACAGGUCGCGGCAGGGCAGGGAGUUGGCCUCGCGCGGCGGCUGGCCCGGUUCAGUCCGCACUCGCGGCGAGCACGGAGGCCUGCGCAGGCACGACGGCGGCGAGCCUCCCAGUUGAUUCGUGCUCACAGCGAUGGCCGGACGCGGGCGGGCGAGGCGAAACGACGAUGCGAGCGCGCGGGAAGGAUCGGGGGCGGGCGCCGUCUCCCGCGCUGGAUAGGGGCUGGAUGGGCAGCGAAAUUUCGACCUGCAGGCGGGUCCAAGCGCCAUGUCCGUUGGAUUUGUUUCGGAUGGUCCAGAUCUUCCCAAUGUCACGCUGUGACUUGCCUUUACAAUGUCACCCAAGCUGAGUCCCCCUCAGCACGUCUCCUCCUUCGCCUCGCCUUCUCCUCCCUCUCCUCCCUCGCGGCGGACGCCGGGGACACCGCCGCCGUGCGCCUCGCCUCGCCAUCGACCGCGCCGCCCGCUCCGCCCGCGCUGCCUACGCCGCUCGCUCCUCCUCCCGCUCGGACUCAGGAGCUGUGGGGGCGGCUGUAGUGGACGGCGCGCCGCCGACGGUGGGAGCGGCGGGAGUGGACGAGACGCCGGGGACACCGCCGCCGUGCGCCUCGCCUCGCCGUCGACCGCGCCGCCCGCUCCGCCCGCUCCUCCUCUCGCUCGGACUCGGGAGCGGUGGGGGCGGCUGUAGUGGACGGCGCGACGCCGACGGUGGGAGCAGCGGGAGUGGACAAGACGGCGCCGACGGGCGGCCGGCGGCAGGAGCGGACGGCUUCUACACCUCUGCGGCGCAGGAGGCCGUCGUCGCCAUGGAGGUCGUCGUGGCGACAGCGGCGGCGGUGGAUCUGUCCGCCGCCCCUCCCCUCUCCCUCCCCCACUCCCUUGCUUCGAUCGCUUCUGCCUCCGGCGACACGUAUGUCCAUCUAUCUCGCCGCCGCCGCCAUUUUUGUUUCUUGGGAGCUCGCCGGUGACGUGCUGGAAGUGUGCUAGGCGCCUCCCUGCUCGUCGGACACCCCGGUGGCAACUGCGGCGCCGUCCGACGAGAUGGCGAGGCCGCCCUGGAUUUUGCUGUGGUGGGAGUGGAUUUGGAGGGCGUAUCGGGGAUUUCGCCCUUGGAUUUCGCCACGAGGGCACGCGUGGGCGAAGCCACAACGCUCACAGCGCGCGCGCCUCCAGUCUUCUCCUCUGCUCGCGGCAUCGUUUUGACGAAGUCCUGCGUCGCUCAACAUGGAGAUGAGGUUCCAACUUGAGACGCGGGUUCGAGCGCCACGGCAGCAAAAAUCCAAUGUGUCGCCCCAUAGCACCGGUCCAGGGUGGAGCGCUGUGAAAGGCCUAAUAGCUGCACAGUGUGGUGGCAUUGAGCUCACUCGAUCGCCUUCAUAAAGAGCGGUGUAGCUUCGAGCUACGGCAUGCAGUUCGUAUCCGGCCUGGCGACCUUGGUGUCGUGCAAUCCAUCGCUCAUGGCGCUCACCAAGCUUUCUUGCCUCCUUCUCGUCUGCGUGACGUCGACGGCCACCGGAGCCAGGUACUUCCCACAGAUCGACUGUUCGCCGGCGCCGACGUCCAACAGCAGCAACGGCACGGCGUUCCGCGCGAACCUCCUCGCGCUGCCCACCGACGACCUCCCCGCCCAGGCCGCCGCGACGAGGUUCGCCUCCACGCAGGCCGGCGGCGGCGACCGCGCGCUCGCUCUCAGCGUCUGCCUCGGCGACUCUACGCCGGCGCUGUACCGCGAGAGCCUCGCCGCCGCCGUCGCGGACGUCGUCGCGGGCUGCGGCGCCCGCGCCGGCGCCUGGCUCGACGGGUGCUACCGCAGCUACCUCGCCGCCUACGCCGCCGACACCAACACGACGAUGUCGCCCAGCCCAGCGGGGGGCGAGUUCCACCGGUGGGUCGUCACCGGAGACGUCCUGCCGUUCAGCGACAACCUGUACGCGACGUUCCUCGACAUGAGCAACGGCGUGGCGGCGCGGAUGCUGGCGAUCGACGUCGGAGCAGCCACGACGAGGACGGGGCUGGCCGGGCGCGUGGUGGCGCAGUGCGCCGCGGGCGUCGCGCCGGCGGACUGCGUGCAGUGCCUGGAGGGCGCGGCGCGAGAGAUACCGAGAUGCUUCCGGGAGGCACGUCGGGAGGAGCAGGGAGAGGGCGUCGGCGUCGUGGUGAGCGACGACUGCGUCCUGCGUUUCGACAUGACUUCUUCGCCAGCGCCUCGGACGUCAGACACCUGUGAUGGGACUUGCAAGCUGUUAGCCCUCGCCUUCGGAGUAGCACUAGGAAUAAUCCUGUCAUUCACGUUCAAUUUGCAGUAACCAUCGCUAUAGCAGCUUGAUGGAGUCAUGGUGCUUGGAGUGGUAGAAAUAAUGUCUGUCUGGGGGGGUAGAAUGGUUGCCUGAUGUUAGCAACUUAGUAGUACCAUGUUUCUAGUGCUUUCAGUGACACUAUUCUAGCCGGUUGUGUGCUUCUUUGUGAUUUGCAAUGCUAUGCUCAGCUAGCUGAAUAUAUGCCAUAUUGUCACCU